AUGACUUCCCCACCAGCCUCCGCCUCCGCCUCCAUCUGGAGCCGGAAACGCGACCUCUUCUACCUCAUCUUCUUCAUCAUCCACAUCCCAAUCGUCGUCUUGGUCGACGCCGUCACCUUCCUCCCCACCGCCCUCCAAACAAACUUUGGGCUCAAAACGCACGCCGACUACCUCGCCACCUACCAGGACAAGCUCCCCGAGGAAACCGCCCCCUGGUUCUGCGUGUUCGUCUUCAUGGAGCUCUACUACCAGGUCCCGCUGGCCAUCUGGGCCAUCGUCGCUUUGAUCCGCGAUAACCCCAUGGUUCCGGUCCAUCUGCUUGUGUUCGGCGGGCACAUCUUUUUGACAACUUUAACUUGUCUGGUGGAGAUGUGGAGCUGGGAGGAUCGCACGUUCGCGCAGAAGAGGACUCUUACAAUGAUGUAUGGGCCUUAUUUUGCUCUAGGUGCGUUUAUGGCGCUGGAUAUGUUCUUUAGACUGAGGGGGAAGUUGUUGGGCAAGAAGAAACUGGCGUAG